GGGCUGAGGCUGCUGCCCUGUCGCCAUUGAGCAAAGUUAAUUCACUCUCACACAUACUCUCUCUGCUCCUCUCUCCUCCUUUCUCGCUCCAGCAUGCGGUGAGGACGGUGUCACCGCACCAAACAAGUCGCGCAGCCCAGCGCCGGGACGUCCGCGGGGAGCCGGGGGGUGCGGGGGAGGCAGGAGCCCGGGGGAUGCCGCCGGCCUGAGCUGCGACCGCGCCGUCGGAGGCCGAGGGACGGGCGGCCCCGCCGGUAUUACCUAGAAAUGAGGAUGAAAACACAGCCUAGGAAAUCAGCCUUUCCUCAUCUGUUUCUGAAGAACUGAAGUGUCUGUGCUUUGCUGUUUUAUUUUCUGAGUACAGUUCAGGAGAAGCUGCCAACAUGAAUGCUGCUGACAACGGGGUCAGUAGUCUCUGUGCAAUAUGUGGAGACCGAGCGACCGGAAAACAUUAUGGUGCUUCCAGCUGCGAUGGAUGCAAGGGAUUUUUCAGACGUAGCAUAAGGAAAAACCACGUCUAUUCAUGCAGAUUCAACCGACAAUGUAUUGUUGACAAGGACAAAAGGAAUCAAUGCAGAUAUUGUCGUUUAAAAAAGUGUUUUCGAGCAGGAAUGAAAAAGGAAGCUGUACAAAACGAACGGGACAGGAUAAGUACGAGAAGAAACACUUUUGAUGGCUGCAACAGUCCCUCCAUUAGCACAUUGUCACAAGCUGAGACACUCUCCCGCCAGAUCUCAAUCUCCAGUCCUGGUUCUAGCACUGAUAUAAAUGUUAAAAAAAUUGCUGGUGUCAGUGAUGUCUGUGAAUCUAUGAAGCAGCAACUUUUAGUACUGGUGGAAUGGGCUAAAUAUAUUCCAGGCUUCUGUGAACUACCACUUGAUGACCAGGUUGCCCUGCUAAGAGCACAUGCUGGGGAGCACCUGUUGCUUGGAGCAGCAAAACGGUCCAUGGCGUAUAAGGACAUUUUACUUUUAGGCAACAAUUACAUCAUUCACCGCAACAGCACUGAAAUAGAGAUCUGCCGAGUGGCAAAUCGGAUUCUGGAUGAAUUAGUUCGUCCCUUCCAGGAAAUUCAAAUAGAUGACAAUGAAUAUGCUUGCUUGAAAGCAAUUGUGUUUUUUGAUCCAGAUGCAAAGGGCUUGAGUAAUCCAAUGAAGAUUAAGAAUAUGCGAUUCCAAGUCCAAAUCAGUUUAGAGGAUUAUAUUAAUGACCGUCAGUAUGACUCCAGAGGAAGAUUUGGAGAACUUCUUCUUCUACUGCCUACACUCCAAAGCAUCACUUGGCAAAUGAUUGAGCAGAUACAAUUGGUUAAAUUAUUUGGAAUUGUUAAAAUUGACAGUUUGCUUCAGGAAAUGUUACUGGGAGGUACUUCUAAUGAUGCUACUCAUCUGCAUCACCCAAUGCAUCCUCACUUAGCCCAAGAUCCAUUAACAGGCCAAACUGUCCUCAUAAGUUCAAUGUCUGCUCCUGUGCAUACAGAACAGAUACCAACUCCAGAAACUCCAUUACCUUCCCCUCCACAAGGCUCUGGACAAGAAUACAAAAUGUCUGCAAAUCAGGCUUCAGUCAUUGCACAGCAAUCUAUUUUGAAACAAAAACCAUUGUGAUAACAUUUUUAUCUCUGUCUCUGUCUUUUCCUUCCUUCCCUUCCUUUUUAUGCACUAGAUAGAUCGGUAUAACACUUGCACAUUUAAAAUCUCAGGUUGAUAAAGGAAAUUAUUUCCUCAGCAGCCACUACUAAGUGGGUGUUCCUUAAAACACCUCAUGAUUUGGAAAGUAGUGCUGUUCUGACUACUGCAUACUGCUGUAACUGUGGAUGCUGCAGUCUGACAAAUAUGUAUAGAGGUAGAUAUUGUUUUUACAUCUUAUAAAUGUGCAGAUUCAUGUUUUUAUUUCCUGUUUUAGUUGUUGUCUUAAUAUUAUUGUUUUAGAUGUAUAUAUAAUUUUUUUCAUCAUAAUGGAACUGGUUAGUGCUUGUUUAGCUGUGAAUUGUAGAUAUGAAAAGUGGGUUAUUCAGGCAAAAGGUAAGAAUCUGCUAAUAGUAGAACAUUAGGCUACCAAAAUAGUACAUGAAUCGAAAAAUAAAAAAGGAAUAUAUACUUAAUGGACAGAAAAACUCAGCUAUAUUAAAAAAAAACCUGAUUUGAAAGGACCAUCUCCUUCAAGUAAAAUUUCAACAAAAGCAUCGAAUCCUCCCUUCUUAACAGUUUGUGUGAAGCAGAAGGCCUGCCUGGGUGAAUAUGCUUGAGGACUUCUUAAAAUCUAUAUGUGAAACAUAUAUAGAUAUUAUGUCUAUAUGUAGUCAGUUGGCCACGCUGAAGCAUUGAUAUUGAUAAAUACUUAGAACAAGGACUGGUAGGCUUUUUGGUCUGGAUUAACUAGUACUUUCCCAAAAAGCUAUGGGCACACUUUGGGAAUUAGGCCAGUCUAGGGACACUUUUAACAGCCCUUUGGGCACAGCCCUUCUCUUUAAGGGUAUAGAGAGUAUCACAGAACCCCAGAAUAAGCUGAGUUGGAAGGGAUCCACAAAGGUGAUCAAGUCCAGCUCCUGGCUUUGCACAGCACCAGGCCCAGGAGUCACACCAUGUGCCUGAAAGGGAUGUCCAAAUGCUUCUUGAACUCUGUCAGGCUUUCUGUGACCACUUCCCUGGGGAGCCUGCUCCAGUGUCCAGCCACCCUCAUUUGACCUCAGGGCUGGAGCAUACUUUGUGAUGUUUGGUUUACUGGUGUAAGAGUAGCCAUUAUGUUUAUUUGUCUAACUGGGUGGUCAAUGCAUGUUUCAGCAAUCACUAAAAUUCACCUAUGGAAAAGUUGUAAUUAAUGUAGUAGCUCUGUGUUUGGAGGGGUAUAACUUACUGAGUGCAGUGGCAAAUGUGCCUGAGUUCAGCUCCAGGUGUUCCUGGUUUGAGCCAUGAUCUUUCAAGCCAGAAGACAGCACAUUUUCUCAUUUCACAUACUCAUCCUCUCAAUUAUUAAGAGUUUUCAGAAGCAUGGGAUGACUUGGUUUCCUGUGAUGAGCCCCUUUCUCCACCUCUUCCUUCCCUUCUAGUCUGGGGAUCCAACAUUGACUAGGCUUUGUGUCUGGAGUCCAUAACAACUCGUCUGGAUUUGGACCCUCUGUGAAUUUGCACAAAGUGGAUCUUGUGACACAUGUUCACUUGGGGCAUUUAUACUACUGAGGUACAAUUUGAAAGGAAUCUUUAUGGUAUAUGAAGUGAUGCGUUGUUCAUACAAUACUAACAUCAUAUGAAAAUCAUCACUUUGCACAUUUUAUUUAUUCCAGGCAGUGGUGAUUUAGUACUUUGAAGCAAACUUUCUACCAGAAGAUAUGUAAGAGAGAAAUAGACAAAUAAGAGAUAAUAAUAUAUUGCAGUUUGCUAAACUAUUGCAAAGAGAAAACAUAGUGGAGUCAGAAUAUUCAAGGUGAGAUGUUGACCAUCCUGAACCAGAUGCCUUCCUUAAUCACAUCUUCCAGAGAUGGUGCAGUUACUCCCUUGGCUUGUAAAAGUUGCUCAGAAAAAUCUGGAAUGAUUCUUCAAAUAUAUUUUUGUAGGCAGGAAAUGCAACACAGUAAAUGCUGAGCUGACCUGAGCAUUCAAAAGGCUUUAAUGAGAAUGCACCUACCACUAGGUAGACACUGUGUUUCUUUGUUAUUUUAAAGUAGUUGCUUUUGUAAAGUCUGUAUACAGUAGCUAUUAAUGUUUGCCUUUUGCUUUUUAGAUUCUUUUUCUUUUUCCUGUUUACUAUUUGUUUUUUAUUAAUGCAUUGCUCUUUUUACAAGCUCCUUUUAGUAUGAGUUUUUAUGGCAGAAUAAGGUACUGAAGUUUUGCCAUUAACUUCAAGGGUAUCCAGACCGUGCUGUUUUUAUAAGCUGGCCACAAAUGCUUUACAGUGAUACACAAAGGUAAAACAAGUGUGAGAGAUACUGAGCAGCCCAAAAGUUUAUGGAUUGGGCUCACUUUUUUGUACUUGUCAUAGAAAGAGUGUUGGACUCUAGGUGAAUCUGCAUGAAUUUACUGGGUCAGAUAAAUUAAGUCAGUUGCAUGAACAUGGCAGUACUGCUCUGACUAAUAACAUAUAAUUGGGAAUAAAGUUCAGUCUCCAGGCUGGCCACCCUUGCCUUAUAUUAGAGAUGUGCAUAAUAAUUUAGCUUAUUUUUCAGAGUGAACUUUAGAUAUCAAGUGUACAAUAAAAUGUUUUCACACACUGCCAAAAUGUACUGGAGGAAAAAGAUACUUUAGUAUUUUAUCUGAUAAAAAGCUGUUGUCUAUUUUGUACGAUAUAUUACAUUUUUGAAUAAGAAUACCACUGUAAUUUAUUGGGAAAAGCUGAUCUAUUUUAUAAAUGUAACAUUAUUUUUGUAAACUUAAUUAUGAAAAAUCAGAAAUGAUUAGUGCUGUUAAAUAUUAAAUUAUAAUGAGAUGUAACUUUAUAUGUUUGAACUCUGACACCAAGUUUUUGUAUUGAGCAUUUGGAAUUAAAAUGGUUGCUGGAAAUAUUUCAAAUGGACUGUUUUUCAUCAAAGCUCAAUAAAGAAAAAUGAAUGAUCCAAAUGA